AUGAGAAGUUUCUAUCAAUAAAAAGGCUUAUAAUAAAAGACUUAUUGACAUAUUUAUAUUCGAUAUAUAUGAUAGAAUUCAGAUUGAUGUUGAUGCUUAAAGAAUAUUUGUGUAAAGUUUUUUGUUUAAAAUAUCAAGUAACUUCUCCCGAUUGUAACGUAUUAAACAAUGAGUCUUUUGAUAAGAUUCAUAAACAAUUUUCUUUAUGUUCUAAUAUUUAUUCAAAUUUAAUUUAUGUUUCUUUUUUCAAAUGACCUCAGUUCAAUUCAAAUAGUCAUUAGUCCAGAAAUCUUACUCAUAUGAACUGCUGAUCGCAAGAUUCAAUUCGUAUGAUUAGCUACAACAGAUCAGGCAUCAUAUGAUCAUGAUUGCAUAAGAGGAAAAUAAUUUUUGAAUUUUUAUAUCAAGACAGACGAACUCUUUGCCAGUAUUUUCAUAUGAAGAAAUCCAAUAUGAUUUUUUUUUGUAUUAACCUCUUUGUAUAUCUGUUGUGUCUGUUAUUUAUUUGAUUAAAUUGGUAAAUUGAAUGAAGGCAUUAAUAAUUGUUUUCUUAUUCAAACGAUUAAUGUGGAAAAUCAGCUAUUCUAAUCAAUUUAAAUUAAAUAGUCUGGUUGCUUUGCCUUUUAUUUUGAAGAAAGUUCGUUUCCAGGAAAAAGUGCAUUUUGAUCAGAGACUUAUCUUUAGGUUCUCUAAUAGUGUAGAGCUAAGUUCAAAUUUGGGUGUGGGUGUAGAUAAAGAGAAGACCCCUACCCACAUUCACACAUCCACACCCUUCAAAAAAAUUUCUUCAAAAGAAAAUUUUUAUCAAGAUCAAAUAACAGGAAAAUUAGAAGCUGUUGGAGAUACAGUAGAACCAUUUCAUUUUAUUUUACAUCCAAAAGAUGAACAAUAUUUAACUCGUGAAGAUCAAGAUAAAGGAAAAGAAUUAUAUUCACUUUUAGUUCAAUUUGAAAUUCUUCAAGGAGAUACAAUAAGAAAAAUAUUUCGAAAUAAUUCACAAGAACGAGAUAAAAUAGAAAAGAUAAUUCGAAAUGAUCUUGAUCCUUCGAUUGCCGAUCCAUUAAUUAGUUUAUUAAAUAAAUUAAAAGAUAAUAUUAGUCAACAAAAUCAAUAUUUUUAUCAAACAUAUUUACCAUUUACUAUUAAAGAAGAAGAAGGAAAUAAUAUUCGAAUUUAUCUAAAAGAAAAAAAUAUUUUAAAGUCUGGUGGACUUGCUAAAUAUAAAUAUGUAGAUAUUAAAAGAAAUAUUGAAAGAAUUUUAAAAAAUAUUCAAUUUGAAAAUGAUAAAGACUUAAUUUUGUCGAAAAUUUUGUCUUUACAAGGAGAUAUUCGUUCAUUUAAAACAGGUUUAAAAGCUAAUUUAAAAGAUUUUAUAGAUCUUCAAGAUCAAGAAAAUGUUCCAAGUGAAUUAAGAUUUUUUGAAGGUUUUAAUCUUAAUAAAUUUUUGAUUAUUGAAGAAGAUAAAUCUUGGUGGGAUUGGAAUGCUUUUGCCGUUGCAAUGAUAGGACUUGUUCAAGUCAUUGCCGAAGCUGUUUUAGUAGCCUUCGGUUUGACUCAGAUAGGCAAUGCUUUAAUAUCAGGUAUUUUUAGUUGGAAAGAAUGGGCAAUACAAAAAGCAAUUAGCUUCGGUCUCUCUAUGUUGACUGUUGGAAUUGGAAAGUUUUUGACGGAUAAAAUUAUGGAACAGAUUCAAGAAAAUGUUUAUACAAAAGAUUGUUAA